GGUGUCCGGGCAAGAUGGCGUCUGAAGAGCAGUGCUCGGUACCACCUCGAUGGCGGUCGAUAUCUCUAACCCAUGUUGAGUAUCCAGCCGGUGACCUAACAGGACAAGUGUUGGCCUAUACCAGCCUCCUCCCCAUUGCCAUUCUGGUGGGCUUUGUCACCCUCAUUGUAUUUAAACGUGAGCUGCACACAAUUUCCUUCUUUGGGGGACUCAUACUUAACGAGGGGCUCAACUGGCUGCUGAAGCAUAUCCUGAGGGAGCCGCGCCCCUGUGAAGGAGCUCAUGCCACCGUGACCACAGAGUAUGGGAUGCCUUCUAGCCACUCCCAGUUCAUCUGGUUUUUUGUUGUAUACUUUUUUCUUUUCCUUUAUUUGAGAAUGCAUCAAACAAACAAUGCCAGGUGUGUGGAGCUACUGUGGAGACAUAUACUCUCCAUCAUCUUACUGGGUGUGGCCUUGUCUGUGUCGUACAGCAGGGUGUACCUGAUGUAUCAUUCCUGGAGUCAGGUGAUCUAUGGAGGCGUGGCUGGCAGCAUCAUUGGGGUGGUCUGGUUUUUUAUCACACAGGAGGUGCUGACACCACUGUUCCCUAAGAUCGCAGCAUGGCCAAUUUCAGAGUUCUUUCUGGUGCGUGACACAAGCCUGAUCCCCAACAUCUUAUGGUUUGAAUAUACUGUGACACGAUCAGAAGCAAGAAACAGACAACGAAAGCUUGGAACAAAACUUCAGUGAUCUUUUUGCUUGAUUCCUUGUGUAAACUGGGAAAGGACCACACACACUGGAGAAUAACUUCUGGACAGAAUUCGUCAUGAAAAGGGGGAACCAUUUAAAGGACGGACCAAAAUAAAUGCUGGGACUGACCUACACCCUGAACAAGUCAUUUGGCUUGGUUCUGGUGCUCGUACAGCUUGCUAAAUGCUCCCUGAUGCAUGCACAAUUGUGCAGGAGGCAGACUAUUUAAUGAAAAAAAUUAAUAUAUAUUUUAACCUUAAACGCACGUGAGCAGUAAUAAAGUACUGUAUGUAACUGAAAUUGGGAGCCAAGAAAAAGGAUUCUGUAGAGCGGAAAAACAGUGUGGUUCUCUGGUAUUAUUGCAGCAUGAAAUUAGUACUUUUUUAAAAUGGAGAGUUAAUGGUAACUGGGUUUGGUGGGAAUGGGUCAGGAUGGGUGGGGUAGAUAUCCUUUCUUCAAUGCAUUUAAAAAAGAUCCACCCUUUUCAACAAGAUUGACAAUGUGACAUAACCUAAAUUUGCACUUUGUGAAAUUUAAAAAACAAAAAAAAAAACUUUCAACACUAGUGACAUGUGAAAGCAAAAUGGAGCAUAUCCCCCUGGUACUUACCGUGUGUCUGUGUAUGGUUGUCCGCCUUAUUAGUAAACACAAGUAUUGAAUUAUAUAUGUAUACAGUGCUCUCCACACUUGCUGAGGUCCAGAAUAUGGAGAUGAGAUAUAAGGAAAAAAUGAGAAGCUUACUACAUUAUAACAGGCCUGAAUUGAAAGGGUCUUUAUGAUGAUGGAGCACUCUACAUAAAAAUCUGCUUGUUCAACACCCUGCCCAUAUGUGGCUCAGAACACUGGGGAGUUAGACCUUUUCUGCAGCCAUCAUCAUGCAGAAAGCCUUUUUAGUGGAGUGAAACGACCCGUGUCUGUCUUUCCUAACACCUUUUCCCCUGUCUUUCCAAUUGAUAACAUUUUGCAUUACCAGGUAGAGUCUAAUAAAGUACUACUUAAAAUCCCUGCACCAUCUGGGCAUGUGACCACGCCUUGUUGUCUCAAAGCCAUUCCUUGGUGGUGGAGUGCUGAUGUGGGGCUAGGGUCAGGAGGGUUGGCACAGCUGUGACAAGAGCCCCAAAAAGGGAAAGGAAACUAAAAUAGUUAUGUUGAUCAUUUUAUUUCUUGUAUAAUAGUCCUACAUGUGUAAUUCAUUUC